AUGAAGCCGAAAAAAAGCGCAUUCAAAUUGACACAUACGGGAGGGACACGCCUCUUCUACUCUAGCAGCGAGGUGAGUAACUUUUACGGCAUUAAGGAAAGCGGAUUCAGCAACAGCCGACCGCCCCCGUACUUACUCCGCUUUGACAAGUGUAAUGAUAUCAUAGCAUACACAAGCGAAAUAGAUAAUGAAUCAUUGAAACAAAUAAAAAACCUAGCCAUGCUCGACAUCAUAAAAGGACAUGUGACAAUCCUCCCAGAUGUACACCUAGGAAAAGGAAUCAUAAUUGGCUCUGUAUUUUUAACGAACCAUUUUAUUAUCCCCAACGGGGUCGGAGUUGACAUAGGAUGUGGCGUUUUGUGUGUUAAAAUUAACAAGUUAAAAAAAAAAGACCUCCAUGAGGAUGUCAUAAAUAAUAUAUACAAGAAGAUAAAGCGGAACAUUCCUUUAAGUUUCGAUUAUCAUGAGAAGGAAGUGUUUGAUGCAAAAAAUGUGCUAGACGGGUUGGUGUCCAAGUAUGCUAGCAGCAACAUGGCUCAUAUAAUGAGGCCUAAACAUUUGAAGCAAAUGGGGACGCUAGGCGGCGGGAACCAUUUUAUCGAAAUUGCAUAUGACGCAUCAGAUGAUAAGAACGAGGAACCGCCAAAUGGUAACCUAUCAGGAGACACCAAUCAGGAUGGCACUGCACGCAGCUACAGAUGCGAACAAAACCAUUCCCCAGAAUCUGAUAUUUACAUUUUAAUACACUCCGGCAGUAGAAAUAUCGGCAAGAGGACAGCUGAAUUUUAUGAUGACUUGGCUAGCCAAGAAAGCAAAGUAAAAAGAAACGAUUUAGCCUAUCUAGACUUGAGAAAAAAACAGGGACAAAAUUAUCUACAGGAUAUGCAAUUAUGUCAGGAGUAUGCAAAAUAUAAUAGAAUCUACAUGAUGAAAAUUAUUGAAAAAAUUAUCAACGAAGAAGUUAAUUGCACACUUGAUUGGCCAAAUGCCAUAAAUAUACAUCACAAUUUCUGCAGCCACGAAUUGGUAACCUAUCUCCACAAUGGGGAAGUAAAAACGGAACACAUGUAUGUAACAAGGAAAGGCGCAACCUCAUCCAAGAAAAAUCAAUUAGGCAUCAUCCCGGGAAAUAUGAAGGCCGGUUCUUAUAUCGUCCGAGGAAAGGGCAGCAAGCUAUCCUACAAUUCCUGCUCGCACGGUUGUGGCAGGGUGCUGAGCAGAACGCAUGCAAAAAAAAUAAUUAAUCAAGCAGACUUUGUAAACAUCAUGAGGGGCGUACGAUGUGACACCAAUGCCAAAAUUCGCGAUGAGGCUCCUCAGGCGUAUAAAAAUUUGAAUCAGGUUUUGCGAAACCAAGAUUCGCUUAUACAUGUCGUUCGCUGUCUUCUGCCCCUGAUUAAUGUCAAGGGGGGUUAG